AUGGUAUUGGUAGCGUAUGGAAUAUUGAUUGAAGUUUAUGAGGGUGAGAGAUCAAGAGCCAGUGACAACAACAUGCUUGGUUCUUUUAUUCUCUAUGGCUUACCUCCUGCUCCUCGAAACCAUCCUUUUGAUGUGUGUUUUUCCAUUGAUGAAGACGGUAUCCUAACUGUUUCAGCUGAGGAGAAGACCACUGGCAAUUGGAAUGAGAUUACUAUAACCAAUGAUAGAGAAAGACUGUCAACAGAAGAAAUUAACAGAUUGAUUCAAGAAGCUAAGAUGUACCAGGCUGAAGAUAAGAAGUUCCUCAGGCAGGCCAAUGCAAUGAAUGCUUUGGAUGAUUGCGUUUACAAGAUGAGGAAUACAUUAAUCAAGAAGGAUACCAAUUCAAAGCUUUGCUCACAAGAAAAGGAGAAGAUCAGUUCUGCUAUUGCCAAGGCCACAAAUUUGCUUGAUUAUCAUAACCAGCUGGAUGAAGUAGAUGUGCUUGAGGACUAUGUGGAGGAGCUUAAGAGCAGGUUUGAGCGCAUUGUGGGCAAGAUUGGCUAG